UGUACCGAGAAGACGCUGCCAACAAUAAACGUACAACAACAUAUCAUAACAUAUUAAUAACUCAUUCAUUUGAACCACCUAGAGUCAUCUUCAUAAAGCUUCAUAUUCCAUCAAGUAAAAUGUCACAACCCGUCGUACAAAUGACAGCCGAGCAGCUGCAGUCACUGAUCGAAUCGGUGCGUUUGGCAGCCGCUGCGGGCUCUAGUGCUGCUGCACCCGCCACUCUCCACAGCAAGGGCAGUUUCACCAAUUGUACCAGCCGUUUUGGUGGUCAGCGCCAUCAGGAGGCCGUUGAAGAGUUCAUAACUUCCAUUGUGACCUACAAAGAAAUCGAGUCGAUCAGCGACGAGGAUGCACUAAAGGGGUUGUCUUUGUUGUUCUACGGACUAGCGUCCACUUGGUGGCAGGGCGUGCGUAAAGAAGCGAAAACUUGGGGAGAUGCCAUCUCGUUGAUUCGCGAUCAUUUCUCACCCACCAAACCCGCUUACCAGAUUUACCUCGAAAUCUUUGAGAAUCAGCAACGUGACAAUGUGCCCAUCGACACAUUUGUUUGCCAGAAGCGUGCGCUACUCGCACAACUGCCAGAGGGGCGUCACGAUGAGCAGACCGAAUUGGAUUUGGUUUAUGGCUUGCUGAACAUCAAGUACCGUAAGAAUAUACUGCGUCAGGACCUUAAAACAUUCCGUGAAUUGUUGGAAAAGGGGCGUAUUAUCGAACACACUAGUUUGGAAUCGGAAGCGAGCCAGCCCCGUCUAAUGCGGGGAAUUAAGCGUGUGCAUCAAGGCCCAGUGUUCGAGGUGCCACACCAGAGAAAGACGAGUAAAUACAGAUAUCGAGCUAAUGUUGGAAAUGCCAGCACGGCGGCCACACCGCCACAGCCGACCUCGUAAAUAAUGCACGCUAGGCAAAUUAAUAAACUUUGCUGGAUAAAUUCUUAUACAUCUACAUCUUAACUGUUUCCUAUAACACUUUGCAUAAUACACCUAGAUAAUCUAA